CAGUUCCAGUUGUCGUGAGGUACAUAAUACUCGUAUCCCUAACGCACAAAAUAGAUACCUAGUGAAUUAAUAUAAAAGUAACUGGUAGUUGUCAUACAAGUUGUAGUGUGUUUACAAGAGCCGCUGUGUUCACAUUAAACUAUGACAUUCAAGUGUAUUGUGUUAUUGAUAGCACUGGCCGGUUGUAUCUACGGCAAACCAAAUUAUAAAAUAUGCGUGCCCCAAAAAUUUUUAAAGGAGUGCGAGCAGAUGUUGGAAGUAGAAACAAAAAGCAAAGCCGUUUUAAAAUGUGUAGCAGCUAGGGACCGAGUAGAAUGUUUGGAUUUUAUACUACAGCGUCAAGCUGACUUUGUGCCAGCUGAUCCUGAAGAUAUGUACUUAGCGUCUAAAAUGCCCAAUCAGGAUUUUUACGUCUUCCAAGAGUUCAGAACUUAUGAUGAACCUGAUGCUGAGUUCCGUUACCAAGCUGUUAUAGUAGUUCACAAGGAUCUCCCGAUUAAUAAUUUGGACCAACUCAAAGGAUUGAAGUCAUGUCACACUGGUGUUAAUAGAAACGUUGGUUAUAAGAUACCAUUAACAAUGCUGAUGAAAAGACCGAUAUUCCCGAAGAUGAACGAUCACUCAAUAUCGCCCAAGGAGAACGAACUAAGAGCCCUGUCCACAUUCUUCAAACAGUCCUGCAUUGUCGGCACUUGGUCACCAGAUGAAAAGACUACCAGAGCUUGGAAAUCCCAAUAUAGCAAACUAUGUGCACUGUGCCAACACCCAGACAAAUGCGACUAUCCGGAUGACUUCAGUGGUUACGAGGGUGCAUUAAGGUGUCUGGCACACAACGGUGGUGAAGUGGCCUUCACUAAAGUCUUCUUUGUGCACAAAUUCUUUGGUCUUCCCUUAGGCACGAUACCCGCCAAACCUUCAACGGAAGACCCGAAACAAUUUAGGUACCUUUGCGUUGAUGGAUCUAAGGUUCCAAUUGGUGACAAACCUUGUACUUGGGCCGCGAGACCUUGGCAGGGUUUGAUUGGGCACAACGAUGUCUUAGCUCAACUUUCACCUCUCAGGGAAAAGGUUAAGCAAUUGGCUAAUGCAGGAGCUAGCACCACACCAAGCUGGUUCACAAACGUUCUAGGCCUUUCGGAAAAGAUGCAUCACGUCGCAGAUAACAUUCCAAUCCCAACGUUAGACUACCUCAACAAAGCUAACUAUACAGAAGUCAUUGAAAGAGGACACGGAGCCCCAGAACUGGUUGUCAGACUGUGCGUGACGUCCAAUGUGGCGCUAACGAAAUGCAGGACUAUGUCUACCUUUGCGUUCAGCAGAGACAUUAGGCCGAUAUUGGAUUGCGUGCAACAAAAUUCAGAUGAGGAAUGUCUUAAAAGCGUACAAGACAAUGGUUCAGAUCUAACCUCCGUGGAUGCUCUGAGAGUAGCGUCAGCAAGCAAGGAUUACGGCCUCCAUCCAGUAUUUCACGAAGUGUACGGUGCAAAUAAAACAUCAAACUACGCCGUAGCAGUCAUCAAGAAGGGCACCAAGUACACAAAUAUUGAAGAUUUGAGAGGAAAACAAUCUUGCCACGACCCAUUCGGAUCAUUCAGCGGACUGCACGCACCUCUCUACUAUCUCAUCAACAAGGGAAAAAUAAGCACCAGUUCUAGUGAGUGCGUCAGAGACAUUGGCGAGUUCUUCGGCGGCUCAUGCCUACCUGGUGUUGAUGAGCCGAGAUAUAAUCCGACAGGUGCUGAUGUGUCCAGGCUGAAGAAGCUAUGCAAAUCUAAGAAUCCACUGAAGUGUCUUACAGAAUCACAAGCUGAUGUUGCAUUUGUAUCAAGUGCUGACUUGGAUAAAUAUGACGAGUCACAAUUUGAGCUUCUAUGCCUGAACAGAGAAGCAGGUGGUCGCGAUAGUCUUUCCAACUACGCUACAUGCAAUGUCGCAAUGGCCCCCUCUAGAACAUGGCUUGCAGCUAAGAACACUAUAUCCGACGUAUCCAUAGCACACACUCCAUUGAGUUUGGCCAAACUUCUUGAUGAUAGAACUGACUUAUUCAAUAUAUAUGGAGAAUUCAUAAAGAACGAUAAUGUUAUAUUCAACAAUGCUGCAACAGGGUUGGAAACCACAGAGAAACAAGACUUCGAGAAAUUUAAUACUAUUCACGACGUAAUAUCAAAUUGUGGUAUUGCUUGAACUGUAUUAUCCUAUUAAUAAAAUAUAAACAUUUUGUAUUAUUGUAAUGACUGAUUCUUGGUACAAUUUAAUGAAAACAAAUCUGAUUAUGAACAUUUUAUUAAUGACAUUACUUAAAAUGAUAACAAAUAAAUAAAUAUAAUAUUUUCAUUA